AUGCCUGCCGUAUCGAAGGGCGAUGGGAUGCGAGGCCUGGCGGUCUUCAUCUCCGAUAUCCGGAACUGCAAAAGUAAAGAAGCAGAGAUCAAGAGGAUAAAUAAAGAACUAGCAAAUAUUCGGUCAAAAUUUAAAGGUGACAAGGCCCUUGAUGGUUACAGUAAGAAAAAAUAUGUCUGCAAGCUGCUUUUCAUCUUUCUCCUGGGGCAUGACAUUGACUUUGGUCACAUGGAAGCUGUAAACCUGCUCAGUUCCAAUAGAUACACAGAAAAACAAAUUGGCUAUCUCUUCAUCUCCGUCCUGGUGAACUCCAACAGUGAGCUGAUUCGUUUGAUCAACAAUGCCAUCAAGAACGACCUGGCCAGCCGCAACCCCACCUUCAUGGGCCUGGCUCUGCACUGCAUCGCCAACGUGGGCAGCCGGGAGAUGGCCGAAGCCUUCGCUGGAGAGAUCCCCAAAAUACUUGUGGCUGGAGAUACUAUGGAUAGUGUGAAGCAGAGUGCUGCCUUAUGCUUGCUGCGUUUGUAUAGAACUUCUCCUGACCUUGUCCCCAUGGGAGACUGGACAUCUAGAGUGGUGCAUCUCCUCAAUGACCAGCACUUGGGUGUGGUUACUGCAGCUACGAGUCUGAUUACCACUUUGGCACAGAAGAACCCAGAAGAGUUUAAAACUUCAGUCUCCUUGGCAGUGUCUAGAUUAAGCAGAAUUGUAACUUCUGCAUCAACAGAUCUUCAGGACUACACAUACUACUUUGUUCCUGCUCCUUGGUUGUCUGUGAAACUUCUGAGGCUGUUACAGUGCUACCCACCUCCAGAAGACCCUGCGGUACGUGGCCGUCUGACAGAAUGCCUGGAAACGAUCCUGAACAAAGCCCAGGAGCCACCGAAGUCCAAGAAAGUGCAGCACUCAAACGCGAAGAACGCUGUGCUGUUCGAGGCCAUCAGCUUAAUCAUACACCACGACAGUGAGCCAAACCUCCUAGUCCGUGCCUGUAACCAGCUAGGUCAGUUCUUGCAGCACCGAGAAACUAAUUUGCGUUACCUAGCACUGGAAAGCAUGUGCACGCUUGCCAGCUCUGAGUUCUCACACGAGGCUGUGAAAACACACAUAGAAACUGUUAUCAAUGCCCUGAAGACUGAAAGAGAUGUAAGUGUGCGACAGAGAGCUGUGGAUCUCCUGUAUGCCAUGUGUGACCGAAGCAAUGCCCAGCAGAUUGUGGCUGAAAUGCUGAAUUACUUGGAGACUGCUGAUUAUUCUAUCAGAGAGGAAAUUGUUCUGAAGGUUGCAAUCCUAGCUGAGAAGUAUGCUGUGGACUACACCUGGUAUGUGGACACAAUCCUGAACCUGAUUCGCAUCGCUGGUGACUAUGUCAGUGAAGAAGUGUGGUACAGAGUCAUUCAGAUUGUCAUCAACAGGGAUGAUGUGCAAGGCUAUGCAGCAAAGACUGUUUUUGAGGCCCUUCAGGCUCCAGCAUGCCAUGAGAAUCUUGUAAAAGUAGGUGGCUACAUCUUGGGAGAAUUUGGAAAUCUGAUAGCAGGUGAUCCAAGAUCAAGUCCCCUCAUCCAGUUCAACUUGCUGCAUUCCAAGUUCCAUCUGUGCAGCGUUCCGACCAGAGCUCUGCUUCUGUCUACCUACAUCAAGUUUGUGAACCUGUUCCCAGAAAUCAAAACUACAAUUCAAGAUGUGCUGCGCAGUGACAGUCAGCUAAAGAAUGCUGACGUUGAGCUGCAGCAGAGAGCUGUUGAGUAUUUGAGGCUCAGUACUAUUGCCAGUACUGAUAUCUUGGCUACAGUGCUGGAAGAAAUGCCUCCCUUUCCAGAGAGGGAAUCUUCUAUUUUGGCUAAACUCAAGAAGAAGAAAGGCCCAGGCACAGUUACUGACCUGGAAGAGAUCAAAAAGGAGAGGAGCUCUGAUAUGAAUGGAAGCGCUGAACCUGCCGCUGUCAAUGCCAGUGCUGUUUCUACUCCUUCUCCAUCUGCGGAUCUGCUGGGUCUGGGUGCUGCCCCUCUCACCAAUUCAGCUCCCCCACCCUCCUCUGGUGGUAGCCUCCUGGUGGAUGUCUUUUCAGAUACAGCUUCUGCCGUCGCACCUCUUGCUCCUGGUUCCGAUGACAACUUUGCGAGCCCUGACCUGGCUUCAUCUGAGGUAGUUUCUGAGGAACCAGCUGAUACUGUGCAUGAUGCUGAUGAGCUUUUUCACAAGUUUGUGUGUAAAAAUAACGGGGUCUUAUUUGAAAAUCAGUUGCUACAGAUUGGAUUGAAAUCUGAGUUUCGGCAGAACCUGGGGCGUAUGUUCAUAUUCUAUGGUAAUAAGACGUCAACACAGUUCUUGAAUUUUACUCCAACAGUAAUCUGCUCAGAUGAGCUACAGUCAAGCCUCAACCUUCAGACCAAACCUGUUGACCCCACGGUGGAUGGAGGGGCACAGGUGCAGCAGGUGGUGAACAUCGAAUGUGUGUCAGACUUCAUGGAAGCUCCCAUCCUGAACAUUCAAUUCAGGUACGGUGGAACGUUUCAGAACCUCUCAGUAAAGUUGCCCAUCACACUGAAUAAAUUUUUCCAGCCCACAGAGAUGUCUUCUCAAGACUUCUUUCAGCGUUGGAAGCAGCUGAGCAAUCCAAAACAAGAAGUACAGAAUAUCUUUAAAGCAAAGCACCCCAUGGAUGCAGAGAUCACAAAAGCAAAGAUAAUUGGCUUUGGAUCAGCCCUUCUUGAGGAGGUAGAUCCCAAUCCUGCUAACUUUGUUGGUGCUGGUAUCAUCCAUACGAAAACUACUCAGAUUGGAUGCUUGCUGCGCCUUGAACCCAAUCUCCAGGCACAGAUGUAUAGGCUCACACUACGAACAAGUAAAGAAGCUGUAUCUCAGAGAUUAUGUGAAUUGCUGUCAGAGCAGUUUUAAUAUUAACCAUGUCAGUUUUGGUUCCCCAUUUAUAUCACUGUCAUCAUACUGCAAAUAAAUGUCUUGUACAUCACUGUCUGAGUACUGCAAUGUUAACCAGCUCCCUGCCUUAUUAGGACUUGACCCUUGUUUGAAAUUGAGACUAUAAAAAUGUACAGUACAGGGAAGUGACUUUUUACAUUCAAAAAAAGGCUUUUAAUGUGCUCCACAAAGAGUGGGAGGCUGCCUUGUGCU